AUGAUCUUUGAAGCAGCUUUUGUGCUUUGGGAAUCAGCUGCAUAUUAUUUUGAUAAAGAAGGAUUGCAAUUGGGUGAUGUUGAUGAAUUUAGGACAUCAGGGCAUGUUGAUGGUGAAAAUAUAAUGAAUUAUAAGACCAUUGGAAGCAUUUUAGCAAUUUUAUUGUUAAUAAAUUGUGCUCUAGUAUUAUGUUACGAUCCAAAUGAUGAAAAAUUAGAAACUGUUUUGCCUGAAAAGGGAACUUUUGAGGCUUUUUAUUCCAAAGGAGAACCUAGAGGAUCUGCAAGGGCCUCUCACAACCAUGGCAGCUUCUUUAAAUACCGAAAUCCGGCCCUGGUCGAUGCUAAAAAUGCUGCAGCCUAUGGUUACAGAUUUGAUGGUGGGCGAAGAUUUAACUUUGAUUAA